AUGAGGAUCUAUUACAUCGGUGUGUUCCGCUCUGGCGGAGAAAAGGCUCUAGAGUUGAGUGAGGUUAAAGAUUUAUCACAAUUUGGUUUUUUUGAAAGAUCAAGUGUAGGCCAGUUUAUGACUUUUUUUGCUGAGACGGUUGCUUCCAGAACCAGUGCUGGCCAAAGACAAAGUAUAGAAGAAGGUAAUUAUAUUGGCCACGUUUACGCUAGGAGCGAGGGCAUAUGUGGGGUUUUAAUCACUGAUAAGGAAUACCCCGUCAGGCCAGCUUAUACACUUUUGAAUAAGAUAUUGGACGAGUACUUGGUAGCACAUCCCGAGGAGGAAUGGGCCGAUGUUACUGAGACAAAUGACUCGCUGAAAAUGAAGCAAUUGGACACAUAUAUCAGUAAGUACCAAGACCCUUCACAGGCUGAUGCGAUCAUGAAAGUUCAACAAGAACUGGAUGAGACUAAGAUUGUCUUGCACAAGACUAUCGAAAACGUUUUACAGAGAGGUGAGAAGUUGGAUAAUUUGGUGGACAAAUCAGAAUCUUUAACGGCAAGUUCCAAGAUGUUUUACAAACAAGCCAAAAAAUCCAACUCAUGUUGCAGUAUUAUGUAG